CCAGUGCGAGUGACCCGGAUGUUAAGUGGACGGACACGCCGCACCGCUGCUCCCAUCGCCCAACGACGUGCGGAGGAUUCUCGAGAGUUCCGAGCUGCUCUGUGAUGAGAUAGCAGCGGAAAACAGAGAUAACGUGCCGCAUGCGUUCGCUUUGACCAAGUUGACCAGAUGAGCGGGAUUUGCCUGCCAGCAGCCGACGCUACCGAACCCACCUUGGAGGAAAGCUAACCCACGAAUGGCCUGCCAGUCUGUAGCUGCAGUCAUGGACGAGCAGGCCCUGUUGGGGCUCAACCCAGAUGCAGACGCCCGCUACAGGCAGAGGGCCAUGGCUUACUUUGAGCAGCUGAAGGAGUCUCAGGAUGCUUGGGAAGUUUGUGCUGAGGCACUCGCCAAAGGGAUCUACAACGAAGAUCAUGUGAAGUUCUUCUGCUUCCAAGUUUUGGAACACCAGAUAAAGUUCAGACACGCAGGACUGAGCGCAGGUCAGCAGCAGCUCAUCAGAGAGACGCUGAUGAAGUGGCUGCAGUGUCAGCUGAUGAACACUCAGCCUGAGAAGCCCUUCAUCAGGAACAAGGCUGCUCAGGUCUUUGCCCUCACUUUUAUCAUGGAAUAUCUGACACUGUGGCCCAAGUUCUUCUUCGACAUCCUCUCCCUGGUGGGCCUCAACCCUCACGGAGUCGACAUCUAUCUAAGGACGCUCAUGGCCAUCGACGCUGAGGUGGUGGACAGGGAUAUCUUGCACCCUCCUGAGGAGAGUCGCAGGAAUACGUUGAUCAAAGACACCAUGAGGGAGCAGUGCAUUCCAAAUCUGGUGGAGUCCUGGUUCCUAAUCCUGCAGACUUACCAGCAGUCUCACCCUGAGCUCACCUGCCAGUGUCUGGAGGUGGUGGGCGCCUACGUGUCCUGGAUCGAGCUCAGCCUCAUCGCCAACGAUCGGUUUGUGAACCUGCUACUGAGUCAGAUGUCUGUGGAGGAGCUGCGGGAGGAGGCCUGCGACUGCCUGUUUGAGAUAGUCAACAAAGGGAUGGACCCGGUGGAUAAGACCAAGUUGGUGGAGUCGCUGUGCCAGGUCCUGCAGUCGGCUGGAUUUUUCAACAUAGAGCAGGAGGAGGACGUGGACUUCCUGGCCAAGUUCUCUCGACUGGUAAACGGGAUGGGUCAAAGUCUUGUCCUCAGCUGGACCAAACUGGUCAAAUGUGGUAACGUGAAGGAUGCCGCAGACACGCUGCAGGCCAUCGAGGCCAAAGUGCCACUGCUGCUGCAGUUGCUCGUGCAUGAGGAUGACGAUAUCUCUGCCAACAUCGUCAGCUUCUGCUACGAAUACCUGCAUGUCCUCAAACAGCUUCCCCAGUUGACUGAUCAGCAAAAAGCAAACAUAGAAGCAGUCAUGCUUGCGGUCAUGAAGAAACUUACUUAUGAUGAUGAAUACAAUUUUGAAAAUGAGGGCGAGGACGAGGCCAUGUUCGUUGAGUACAGAAAGCAGCUGAAGAUGCUGCUGGAUCGUCUUGCCCAAGUCUCACCUGAGCUGCUGCUGGAAGCUGUCCGUAGAGUCUUCACCAGCACCAUGCAGGGCUGGCAGACCGCUCAGUUCAUGGAGGUGGAGGUCGCUAUCCGGCUGCUCUACAUGCUGGGCGAGGCGCUGCCCGCAUCUCAUGGCGCCCACUUCUCUGGGGACGCGGCUAAGACCAGCGCUCUGCAAGACAUGAUGAGGACGUUGGUGUCCUGUGGUGUCAGCAGCUACCAGCACACCUCUGUGUCUCUGGAGUUCUUUGAAACGGUUGUGCGAUAUGAUAAAUUCUUUAUUGUGGAGCCACAACACAUUCCAAAUGUCCUGAUGGCAUUUCUGGACCAGAGAGGCCUGAGGCAUAACAGCCCAAAGGUCCGCAGCAGAGUGGCUUACCUCUUCUCCAGGUUCAUCAAAACUUUGCAUAAACAGAUGACAGCGUUUAUUGAAGACAUCCUGACCAGGAUCCAAGACCUGCUGGAGCUUGCACCUCCUGAGAACGGCUUCCCCGCCCUGCUGACCAGUGAUGAUCAGCUCUUCAUGUUCGAGACGGCGGGCGUGCUGAUUGUGAACGGUGAGAGUCCAGUGGAGCGGAAGCAGGCGCUGAUGAGGAGCCUGCUGACGCCGCUGAUGGACGCCUUCCGCCUGCUGCUGGCCAAACUGCCCCAGGAAACUGAAGAAGACAGACAAGGAGCUCUCGCUGACUGUCUGAGCCACGCCGUCGGUUUCGCCAGUCGGACAAGCAAAGCGUUCAGCAACAAGCAGACUGUGAAGCAGUGCGGCUGCACGGAGGUCUACAGAGACUGUCUGCAAACCUUCCUUCCCGCACUGAGCUGCCCCGUCCAGCAGGGGGUGCUGCGCAGCUCGGUGCGCUCCUUCUUGCACCGAAUGAUCAUCUGCCUGGAGGAGGAGGUUCUGCCCUUCAUCCCUGCCGCCUCUGAACACAUGUUGAAGGGCUGCGAGGCCAAAGAUUUGCAGGAAUUCAUCCCGUUGAUCAGUCAGAUCACUGCCAAGUUCAAGAGGCAAGUGUCCCCCUUCCUGCAGCAGGUCUUCAUGCCUCUCGUGCUCGCCAUCUUUGAGGUUCUUUCUCAGCCUGCGGAGGAGAACGACCAGGCAGCUGCUCUGGAGAAGCAGAUGCUGCGGAGGAGCUACUUCAGCUUCAUCCAGACUGUAGCUGGGAGUGGCAUGAACGAGGUCAUGGCCAACCAAGGAGCAGAGAAUAUCGAGCGCGUGGUUUUCACCAUCAUCCAGGGUGCAGUGGACUUCCCCGACCCCGUGGCUCAGAAGACCUGCUUCAUCAUUCUCUCCAAACUGGUGGAGCUGUGGGGAGGAAAGGACGGCAUGGUGGGCUUCCCAGACUUCAUCUACAAACAUAUUGUCCCCGCGUGUUUCAUCGCGCCUCUCAAACCAACUUUUGACCUCUCCGACGCUCAGACAGUCCUAACACUGUCGGAGUGUGCAAUCACACUAAAGACAAUUCAUCUCAAAAGGGGGCCGGAGUUUAUUCAGUUUUUACAGCAGGAGUAUCUGCCGUCGCUUCAGGUGUCGCCUGAAAUCUCACAGGAGCUGUGUCAAGUCCUUCAGCAGCCUGACAUCAAGGUCCUCAAAAACUAUAUCAAGGCAUUUUUCCAGCGAGCAAAGCUGUAGAAAGAGACACCAGAAGCGGGGAGAGACUGGAAGGACGUGCCGCAGGAAGUGGUCGUACUGGCCACUCAACCACCACAACGAUGGACCUUAGCAUAGGAGCUGCUUUUGCACUUAAUGAGUAAACGCAUCCGACGUCAGCAUGAGUGAGCCUGCUCACCGGACACAUGGCCGGUGGACGGUUCUACGUCUCUGGUGUCGACUAGACGUGCUGUCCAUGACAUGACGUGAAGAAACUGGAGGACUUUGUGGAUGUUGGCGUCUGGCAGGAAGUAGGCUCCACUUACCUGCAAAACACUCGCUAACAAGGUGUUCUGUUAGACAUGCUAGCUUUACUCUCAUCAAACCUCCACAGUAGAAGCCACGUUUAGUUUUGUUCUCUGGACGAAAGAAAGGGCUGAAAAGGUUUAUUUAAAGUUUUCUUGUUUUUUUUUUGGUUUGUUUUUUACCCCGUAAAGAGCCGACGGUUGAUUUAAAGUUUGACAGCUCAAAUCAGAGAUGCCAGAGUGGAAAAUAAGUUUUAUUUUUCUUGGACUAUUACAAGAAAACCGGAAACUGUAUGUGUAAAUAAGAGAUUUGGGGAGGUUGUGUAAAUAAUGGUCUCAGAUUUAGUUUUUUAAAAUCCAACUUUUCACAAGAAGUGGUGAUGGAUGAUUGCUGUUAGAAUAAAAAAAGAGGCAGUGACUUGAAUCAAUUGGGUGAAGCUGAGAGUUCAUGGUUAUUUGUAAUUAAUGACACACACAUUUUGGAGAAGCUACCACUAACACUGGAUAGAAUAUUUGUUCACACUCGUGAUUCAGAUCCCAAACAUUUUUUUUCAUUCACACGCAUAAGGUGAACAGUAUUUUGAGUCAGUUUUUUUUUUUUUUCCCAUUUUAACAGAAACAAGCUUCCGUCACACUCACACAUAGGAACUGCAAAGUAUCAUUGUCAAUUUUGGAUAUUGAGUUUUAUCACCUAGAGGAGCAAUGAAUUAGUGUGCGAGUGCUCUGUUUUGUGUCACCUCACCGGUCAGAUAUGCAUCCUUAAACUGCCUAGAUCUGGAAUCGAACCUUCCUCAUUUCUCGUGUUGAAAUCCACCAUGCCCUUUCCGUGAACAUUUGUGUUGAUUCCUGCAUUCCUCAUGGCAUUGUACUGUAGAAUUUCUUGUUCUUUAUUCAACAAACUGUACAUCUGAAGAGUCGAGGAAAGUGCCUGAAAGUAUUAGGCCAAAUUGUUUAAAAAAUGGUUUCAUCUUGAUUUUGUCUGUUAUCACUUUUGGUUGAAAAAACAAAGAGGGUAACAUUCCCCAAUUGGGUCUUCAGUUCACCACCAUUUAAACAAGUUAACAGUUAGAAAUUGCCAAAAUUGCACUCGUGGAAAAAUGUUUACAUUGUCAUCACAAAUUCAAUCUCGUUGGCCUUAAAUCAGCUGCUGACCUUGAGGGUCGCUGUGAUUUUAACAUCAGUAAAAACAGUUCAUAUUAAUGGUGACUGUUCUGACCCGUUAUGCAGACUUUUUUUUCCCUUUCCUCGCAAAAAUCAUGUUUGUCACCAGGAAGAAAAGCUAAAUGUGACAUCAUUUCCUUCUCAGUGUUCUAUGGAUUUGAGAAAAUCAUUUUACAAUGUUUAGAUUUAAUUGACAUUCAUGAAACUAUGAUGGCUCAUCAUUUACAUUAAAAAUGUGAAUAGAA